AGCUUGGGCUGUUCAUAAGGAAGUUGCCUGUUUCCUGGUAGCUGGUUUUAAGCUUCACGUGCAUCUACCAAAAAAAAAAAAAAAGUGUUAAUCAUGGCUUCCAGUCCAGCUGUCUUGAUUCGUUUGGUUGCUUCAGCAUAUUCUAUUGCUCAGAAAGCUGGAAUGAUAGUCAGAAGUGUGAUGGCUGGGGGUGAUCUUGGAAUCGUGGAGAAGACAUCCUCAGUAGAUCUACAAACCAAAGCUGACCGAUUGGUGCAGAUGAGUAUAUGUUCUUCACUGGCACAGAAGUUCCCCAAACUAACAAUAAUAGGAGAAGAGGAUCUGCCUGUUCAAGAGGUAGACCAAGAGCUGAUUGAAGAUGGUCAAUGGGAGGAAAUUCUGAAGAAACCAUGUCCCACACAAUACAGUGCUAUCAAAGAGGAAGAUCUUGUUGUGUGGGUUGAUCCUCUGGAUGGCACCAAGGAAUACACUGAAGGUCUUCUGGACAAUGUAACAGUCCUUAUUGGAAUUGCUUAUGAAGGAAGAGCAAUAGCAGGAGUUAUUAACCAGCCUUACUACAAUUAUCAGGCAGGAGCAGAUGCUGUGCUCGGGAGGACAAUUUGGGGAAUUUUAGGUUUGGGUGCCUUUGGGUUUCAACUGAAUGAAGUGCCUGAUGGGAAACAUAUAAUUACCACAACUCGUUCUCAUUCCAGCAAGUUGGUAAAUGAUUGCAUUUCUGCUAUGAAUCCUGAUAAUGUUCUCAGAGUGGGAGGAGCAGGAAAUAAGAUCAUUCAGCUGAUUGAAGGCAAAGCGUCUGCUUACGUAUUUGCCAGUCCUGGAUGUAAGAAGUGGGAUACUUGUGCUCCAGAAGUUAUUUUAUGUGCUGUAGGAGGUAAACUGACUGAUAUUCAUGGAAAUGCCCUUCAGUACCAUAAGGAAGUAAAACAUAUGAAUUCUGCUGGUGUCCUUGCCACACUGAGGAAUCAUGACUAUUAUGCAAGCCGAGUUCCAGAGACUGUAAAGAAAGCUCUUGUGCCAUGAGAGACAUAUUAUCUACUUACCAGUGAAAACAAUGACAUUUGAUAUUCAAGUUAAUAAAUAUUUUAAAAUUAUGAAAAUAGAUUUAUUUUUGUUUUUAUUGUUAUUGAUUAGUGAUAUUGUUUAUACAGUAAGAGCAGCGUAAAUAAUUAAUGAAUUCUGAUAAAUUCAUAGUUCCAGUUUUGAAAUAAAGAGUAUCACCUUUAAGCUGGUAAGCUAGAUCUAUGAAACAGCCAAAUUAGGAUCCUAAUGAUCACACUUGAUACCUAUUGACUCAUGGCAAAAUUUUGGCCUACAUUCUAUAGGGAUAAAAAGGAAAGGUUCAGUUUUGAGCCCUGCUAAUAAUACUGUCAGCAUUCCUGUAAAAUUUCCUCAUUUGAUUUAAGGCACAAAGCUUAGAUGCUACAUGAAUCUUAUUUUGUUAAAUGACUUUAUCCUCUAAAUUAUUAUGAUUUUUAUUAUAUCUCCUACAAAAUGUUAUUUUCUAUGUUGGUGAAAUAGCUUUAUGAGAGAUACUCUUAUGAUAAAAUUACACAUUAUUUAA